GGGACCCCACCCCACAAUUAGUCAAAUCUUCAUCACCCCCACCCACGCCCACAAACCCUAGAUCCCCUUUUUUAAUCUUUAUUCUUUUAUUAUCUCUCUGCCGCCGCCGCCGCAUCCACCGAUCUCACCGGACGUCGCCUCCGAUCGCCGAUUCGCCUUUCGAUUUGUCCUCCCAGACCCUCCGUAUCGUCUAUUGUGCGUUCACGCGCUGCCGAUCUGGUCGCGUUAAGUAUGGCACAGAAAAGGGCAUUUAGUGAUGAAAUGGUCUAUGAAGGUACUUCCAAGCAUAAGAGACAGAAUGGACCCUGUGAUGAAAUUACCUUAUGUAAUGACAGUUUUUCCAUAGAAAGUGUAUCUGCAAAACCUUAUGUUUCAGGCAGGGAGUUUGUAGGUGAGGCUAAUCUGGGAAAAGGAGAUGUGACAAGGUCUGCAUCAUUGCCACAAUGGGCUUCCGGUAAUAGCACUAGUGAUGAGGAUGAGCCACCUGAAGAUCUGUUUCACUCUCCUUCCUCCCCUGGAUAUUGCAGUUUUGACUACUCUGCUAGGCCAGCAAUAUACUCCGAUGAUCUGCAUAAUUGCAUGUUGGAUUAUCCUCCCAGGAAGCAUGUUCCUAUUGGACCUGAUCAUCAAGCUGAAAUUCCAUGUUGGGGCCCGCUGGAAAACAAGAAUGUCCCAGAUGUUGGGAUCAGCAUCUUGCAUAGUUCUGAGACUGAUGAAGAAGUUGGGUAUGGUAGGACCGUGUGCAAUUGUCCAGAUAAGGGUUCCAUCCGAUGUGUGAGGCAGCACGUUUCAGAAGCUAGGGAUAGACUGAGGAGAACUUUUGGUCAGGCUACUUUCGCGGAGCUGGGUUUUAACGACAUGGGGGAAGUUGUGGCAGAAAAGUGGAGUGCAGAGGAAGAGGAGUUGUUUGAUGAUAUCAUUUACUCUAACCCAGCCUCGACCGGCAAGGAUUUCUGGAAGGCUCUUUCUGCUGUGUUUCCUUCUCGGACGAAGAUGGAGAUUGUCAGUUACUACUUCAAUGUCAACAUGCUCAGGAAGCGAGCAGAGCAGAACAGGUUGGACCCAUUGAACAUUGACAGCGACAAUGAUGAAUGGCAGGGAAGUGACAAUGAAGAGUCUACUAUCCAAGAUGGUCUUGAUGAUAACGGCCCUCAGAAGCAGGAAUAUGAAACUGAUUCGGAACCUGCUUUUGAGCUUCAUGUCAAGAAGUCCGAUGAGGGAGAAAACGGUACUCAAGAUGGAGGAUCGAGCACAUCUUCGGAUUCAGGAGUACAAGGUGGCAGUUGCCUCUCGAAGUCUGAUGGUUGUCUAGAGUGGAAUAGAUAUAACACUUUAGAUUCGUACGACACGAAAUUACUGUGGGAAAAUACCAGCAGCAGCAGCCCUGAAAUUGAUCUUGAUUUCUUACCGACAUGCAGUAUGAUUGAGGAGAUCUUUGGAGAGGGAAGUUUUGACUCCAAGGGCUGGUGAGAAUGGGAGAGUCUCUCUGCUGCCUGUGUUGUCUGGAAAAGAUGAACCUGUGAUUUUUUCUUUUUCAUCUUCAUUUUAGAGUUGUUUUAUUGAUCAUUUUUAGAGCACUAUGACAUAAUUCCUGAUGUAAAUGCUAUUUAAUGGGGAAGAUGAUCAUUAAAAUGUAAAAUAGCAUGCAUACUUGAUGGGGAACAAAAGUCACAAUUGGUG